ACCCCCUCUGUAUCUGUUCCCAUCUGUAAAGGAGGGUAAUGCCCACCUGCCAGCUGAGAGUUGCCAGGCUGAAGCCAGACCAGUGGACAAUGGAAGAGAAGGGCAGGUUUAUUUGGGCUCCAGCAGAAUGCAGGGGAGCAGCCCUGCCAGCUCAGCUGGGAAGAGCUGCCACCAGAGGCUGCACUUGCAUUGCAUUGAGACUGACCUGGCCAGCAGCAGCUCAGUCCCCAAAGGGAGCCAGACUCUUUGCCCCAGAGAGGCUCCUUCAACCCAAGGAGCCCAGUUUGUGCUGGGGACUUUUUGAACCCAUACAAAUAAGCUCGGAUUGGGUGGAGAUCAUCGAGCCCCGCUCUCGGGAGCGAAUGUAUGUCAACCUGGCCACCGGUGAGUGUGGCUGGGAGCCACCUCCCAACCUGAGAGUUCGCCAGUCGGACCAGAAGCAGUGGUGGGAGCUGUUUGACCAGAACAACAACCGCUUCUAUUACUACAACGCCAUCACCCAGCAAACCAUAUGGCACCGGCCACAGGGCUGUGACAUUGUGCCGCUGGCACAGCUCCAGGCCAUGAAACGCAAGUCCCAGUCUGGCUGCAGGGGGCCUCAGCACACAGACAGUGCAAGCAGUGAUGGGAGAAACAGCCCGAUCCAAACGGCCCUGCUGCAGGAGGUGGAGAAGAGCACGGGGCAGAGCAGUGCAGAGAAGAGGCCAGACCCUGGAAGGGACACUCCUACCCGCUGGCAGCCUUUUCCAGGCACUAAAGCGGCCAUGCUGGUUAAAGUUAACAAUUUAAGACAAGUGCAGGAUUCAUCGAACAGUUCACUGCAGCCACAGACUACUGCAGAAGCCAACAGCCAGAAAUCUGUGCUUCCAAAUCCAGUCCCAUAUGCCCAGCCUCAGUCCACAGCCCAGACCCCAGCUGCUGCAAAGCCAGCCUCUCCAGUGGAAACCAAACCGUCUAUGCAGAUUAAAAAGACAGAGAAUGGUGGGUUUUGUUUAGUGCUAAGGAAUGGCCCUCCUUGUCACAUUCCGCCAAGGAGCGAAACAGGGACACCACAGCCUGCAUCUCCCAAAUAUGCCUCUCCAGCACCUAUAUAUGAUGAGCCAUCACUAGAUUCCCCAAUUUACGAUGAACCUCCUGUAGAUAUGGACACUGAGAGUGUAAAUGCGAAUGGGACGUCUCCACAAAUAUCUCCAAGCAACAGCUUAAAAAAGCAGCACCAGCCAACCAAAUUAUUGCAGCACCCAAGUAUGCAACAGCAACAAGCUGGAAAAAACCAUGUGCGAAACUCUUCCACCACAGAAUACAGCCCUGCUGGAAGGGAAUAUAUUAAACACAUGGUCAAUGUUGACCAGUCAUCCAAACCUCUUCACUGCCCUGGGGUGGUAGCUGAUAGCCCUGCUAAACCGCAGCCUGGUCUGCUUUCUUCAAAGGACAGCUUCAAGCAGUCCUGGAGGGUCUUGGAAGCCAAUGUUCUCAAGAAUAUGGAGGCUCACCACAGUCGACAGAACAGCCCACAAGCUCAAGAGUACCCUACUGUUAUAAGUCAACAGGAUUCUGGUUACUCAACAGGCCCUUCUCCGAGCUUACGAAAGAGGAAAGGAAGGAGACAAAUGGCAGGUCAGGGAAGACCUGGCUCAGUGGGCAGCAGCAGUGAACUCAGUGCUUUGAACGAUAAGUUGAUUGCGGAGAUGCGUGCCGUGGUGGGGAAAUCAGCAGCCUUCAGGGGAAGCAAAGCAAGCCUAGAUGCCGACAUGCUGGAAAACGCCACCUCAACAGGGAGCAGUAAAGUUAGGUUUCAGUCAAACCAUUUGAAGAAAGGUGUCAUCCAGCGCUCAAGGGACGACGUGACCUCUAGUAACAGGUCCUUGUACAGACAGGGACUGGAGAGGAGGGGGAGCUUCUCGAAUGACCCAGCUACGCAACAGGAUGUAGUGAGGUCCAAGAGGACCUAUGAGAAAAUGGACUCUUUAGAGAAGAAUGUGACGAGCCAGACAAGUUUGGCUUCAUCAGAUGCAGCACGAACAUCCUCUCAGCCUGGAACCAUAGAGUCAGACUCCAACCAGGAGACUAGCGUGCAACCUGCCAUCAGCAUGGGGUAUCAGUUUCCCUACAGCACGUUACGGAAGCCCAUCUCUCAACUCAGCAUGGCAGACUGGGCUUCCAAAAACCUGAACAUGCACACUCAGGGCAUCUUCCGCCGAAGGAUCUCCAUCUCCAACAUGCUCUCUUGGAACAGAGGCUCCAUCAAAAAGCCAAUGCUCAUCACCAGCAACCACACCAUUAAAAAGGAAGCAUGUGAAAUGUUUAAACUGGUGCAGAUCUACAUGGGUGACCGCCAGGCCCGCAUGGACCGAAAUCAUGUGGCUUUGGUCACAGUUACCAAGUGCUGGAGCAUACAGGGUUUACGGGAUGAACUGUACAUACAGCUGAUCAGGCAGACUACGGACAAUAUGUGCUACCGAAGUCUGGCGUGGGGCUGGGAACUCAUGGCCAUCAGUCUGGCCUUUUUUUCCCCAUCACCCAAGUUUCAGUCUUACCUGGAAGGUUACAUCUACCGCCAUCUUGACCUGAUCAAUGAUGAAAACAUUGCCCAGCGCAUUAAGGAACUUCUGGAUCUGAAAAACAAGAAGAACUCCAAAUCCAGGAAGAAGAGGAAGCAAAACACUGAGGAAGAAGGUUUGGCCAUCAGCACGUAUGCCAGGUUCUGUUACCGGAAGCUGCAGAAGGUGGCGGUUACUGGGGGCAAGAAGGGCCUCCGUAAACCAACGACAGAGGAGAUAACACACGCCAGAAAUGCCAUUGUGACGCCAUCGCUGUUCGGCAGCUCUCUGGAGGAAAUCAUGUCACGGCAGCAGAACAUGUAUCCGGGGAACAAGCUGCCUUGGGUACAGAUACAGCUGUCUCAGCAAGUCCUGGCCCUGGGGGGAGAACAGACUGAAGGAAUAUUCAGAGUACCUGGCGACAUUGAUGAAGUCAACGCAUUGAAACUGCAGGUGGAUCAGUGGAGGAUCCCCAACAACCUCCGUGAUCCCAAUAUACCAGCCUCCCUGCUCAAGCUGUGGUACCGAGAGCUGGAGGAGCCCGUCAUCCCCCAGCAGUUCUACAAAGAGUGCAUCAGCAACUACGAGAACCCUGCCGCCGCCGUGGCUGUGGUGCAGCUUCUGCCAGAGCUCAACCGACUGGUCCUGUGUUACCUCAUCCACUUCCUGCAGAUCUUUGCUCAACCGUCUAAUGUGGGCAAGACGAAGAUGGAUGUGAAUAACCUGGCCAUGGUGAUGGCCCCGAACUGCCUGCGCUGUCAGUCCGACGACCCCCGGGUCAUCUUCGAGAACACCCGCAAGGAGAUGUCCUUCUUGCGCAUGCUCAUUGUGCACUUGGACACUAGCUUCAUCAGAGGGGUUGUGUGAGGGUCUGGCCUCCUAGGGCUGCGGGGAGGACAGCACGAGGGCUGGUCCCCCCAAGGACUUGUCACCAGAGACAGCACGAGGGUGCAGAAUGCCCGCUCCAGGCUCUGGUUCCCGGCUCUAGGAUUUCUACCAUCGUUCCUGUUGUUGCAUCAGCAUCAGUGUAAACGGGGGGAGCGUGGGAGGGCUCAGGGCUCGCAGGCAGAGUGGCUGGCCAGUGCUAGGGAGUCUGGAGUGUGGUGCUGGCUCUGUCGGGCCAUGCUUAGUGCUGUCGCCCAGGGGCUCCUAUGUCACUGGGAGUGGGGAAGCUGCUGCACCAGCCACUUCAAAUCAGGGUUGCAAGCUGGAGCAGAGGCUUCCGCCAGGGAACUGGUUAGGACUGUGGGUCUGACACCCUUAUUGAUGUGCCUUAGUGCGAAGGGUGGGUGACUGGGGCUCAGGAGACAUGGUCAGGGCGGGGCUCUCAUGUCCCUUCCCUUCUCGCCUCUGCCAUAAGGAGGCAAUAAGGGCUGUUUCCAUUGCAGGAACACCCCAGGUAACCCACGGUCUGCUUCCCCCCUGCCUGGCUGUUUCGUGCUGACUUAAUCCUGCUUGAACAGCCAGGAGAGACUCCCCAAGUAUGGGGGACUCCCUGGAGUCAUAGGACCACCCCUUCUCCAUCUCCUGGGAUGAGGUGAAAGAUGUCAGGGGUCUUCUGUGUUUGGCCAGUCCCCCCAGAAUGGCCAUGGAGGUCUUUGGCGCUGGUAUAUGACAAGCAGCAGCUCACUGGCCUGUGUGUCAGAGAGCUAGAAAGGUGGCGGAUUGCCACCUUGGACUUGCACCACGCGCCGCUCCUCCAGGCUGGAAGACCGACGCGCUCUCUAGUAGGUGGGGAGGACGCUUACUGGUAACAAGCGAUCGCUAGGGUUGUCCUAGGAGGCGUGAGAGGGCUUGCUACACCAAGCCCUAUGCUCUGUCUGCCAUGGCCCUGAGCCAGGAGUUACCCCUGCAUUCUGCCCACUGCGUCCCCAUUACCGCCAAGGCAGCGUGCUGCGUAAGCUGUUAAACCAGAAAAGCAAGCCAGAGUACCUGGUGUGUUUCAGAGCCUUGCCAGUGAGGAGGCUGGCUGGCUGGGGUGGUCUCCGAAAGGCUGUGGCUGACUGUAUUUGUUAGUGCCAUAAAUGCUCUGGGCUUGCUUUGGGCCAGCGAGAGUGGUGAGCCGCAGCGAGGAGGGGGUGUCUUUCUGAGGCUGCUUAAUGGGAGCAUGUGGGUUUCCCCUUGGCCUCCAGCCAGUCACACAUUCCUUCGCAGACUGUAACUCCUGAUUACGUGGUGUCCAGUGCUGCGACUGUUCUUUUUUAAGCAGUUUCUCUACCAGUGGCAGGCCUGUUAUGGGCCAGAUCUCAGAGCCUUGUGGUUGUUUGUACAGCACUACACCCGCCAGUGGUAUCCAAAGCCAUAUUCACUCUUGUGCCUGCAGAUUCCCCUUGUCCCAGCCGUAUAGGUGCCGAAUACAAGGCAGCCUUCUCCUAACUAUAAACCAUUUGUGAGCCAGAGCUGCAUUGGGCUAACUUCCAGCUGGCAGAUGCAUUUAAAGGCUACUCUCUGCUCAUGGCUGAGCAGAGGUUUCAGACAGUCGGUGCGACACGUACAGGGAGCUCGGAAACACUUGUAGCUUAUGAAGUUGAUGAGUCAGGGAGCCCUGGGGUGCAAGAUCUUCAGCCAGAGUUUGGCCUGUGCCCUAUAGAACCAGGGGCCAAGGUGCUUCUCCUUGUACCAGAUGCGAGGUGCUGGUAUACUGGGUCAGGAAAGCCCUGCUCCUCUGGUCACAACUGAUCAGGCUGUCCUGGGUGCCAGAAAGGGUUCAGGGAGGGGCUGCUUCCCAAUCUCACCCCGCUGCAGAGCUAGGAAGCAAGUCAGCUCCUCUGGCUUCCACAAGAGAGUGUCGAAUUUAUGCAGCUGCUUCCACCCUGAAUGGUCCCUGCAGUUCAGGUGCCAGCCCUGGGUCACUGGGAAAUUGAAAUUGUUAAACAGUGCUCAGGGUGUCACAUCCUCACCCCAAAUUAGCUGGAAUGUUUGCUCAUGCUUGGCUCAGGAUCCCCUUUCAUUGGGUUGUAGAUACACACCUGUCCCAGGGCUGUCAACUGCAGCUAACAACAUUGUGGACAAUUAUUCAGAUUCUUCCUUGCCCUUUGGUGUAGCAGAUAGAUAUUUGCUGCUGUCUAGAUCAACGCUUUUUGCCAGGGCUGUAAAAUAGGCUAAGAAAUUACACUGGAUAUUGUUUUCUUUUUGCCAGUCAGUUUGUAAAUGUGAACCCAGUGAAGCAGCCUCUCCUCCGUUACAAGAGUCAUUAAAAAUGCAGUGGCGAACCCUCA